AAAUUUCUCAUAAAGGUGAAGAUGGAGCUGUGAAGAUUGAAAAAGGGGAAGACAAAUUGCUUUGCUUAAUAAGUUUAAGAUGGUUUAAAACUUUUUAAACUUGUCCAACAUCAUGGCAAAGAAAGAAAAAUUUCAGUAAUAGUUUUGGGAGUGGGUGGAAAUGGGAAAUGGAGGCGAUAUUUGUAAGUUGGCGAUCCAAUGGACUCUACCUCUUUGUGAUAUUAUAAUUACAACUAAAUUCGACUGUCGACAGCUAUGUGAGUAUCUUGGCCAGAUAGAACGCUUUAUUAGUACGUAUUGAUUAAAUCUUUAGAGGAGAGAGAGUAGAUUUAUUUGUUUAAUCGGAAUUGAACAUGAUUAUUUGAGGUUUUAAAAAAACUUCAACAAACGUUAUUUUUUCUUGGUUCUUUAUUAAUCUUUAGAUUACGUUUAAUCCAUUCAUCAGUAGAAAUUAUAAAUCACGCAUUCCGAUUAAGAAUUUAAAAUGGUGCUUGCACUAAAUUAAGUGUCUGCUGAUUUUUUUUUCCUUUCAUUUUUUAAAAGUAACUCUAAACCCCCAAGAUAAAGAAUUGAUAGACAUCAAAUUCAAGUCUCAAUAAUGGUUAACCAAAACACAGAUAAACCGACGAACAGAAAUUACUUUUUGGGUGGAAUAUGGAAUUAUUUUUGUAAAUACUUAAACUGUAUCAAUGAAAAGACAGGCGAAGAUCCAGGUCAUUUUCUUCUCACCAAAGCAGGCAAUUCUCUUAUCGACCGGAAAGGCCUCGAAAAGCAUCGUUUCAGUUUUAUCAAGGAUUAUUACAACACCAUUCUUGAAAUGCGAUGGCAUUGGGCUAUUCUAGUCUUCCUCUCCUCUCAUGCUAUCACUUUUAUUGCAUUUGCUGUGAUUUGGUGGCUGAACUCCUACAUACACGGCGACUUCAACUCGAACGAUUCUAAUUCGAAACCUUGCCUCCCAGACCUGGAAACGUUUGCAGAUUUUUUCUUGUUUUCUGUUGAAACUCAAACAACAAUUGGUUACGGGUUCAUGUACCCCAGCACUGAUUGUGCUGGUACGAUUCCAACGCUCUUCUUUCAAGUCCUCAUUGGUUUUAUUCUCGAAGCGAUCUCAUUGGGGUUUGUAUUCGCCAAGCUGGUUCGUCCAAAGAACCGUUCAAAUACAGUGAUGUUCAGCUGCAAAGCGUGUAUGUGUUGCGAGAACGGGCAUCCAGUGUUACAGAUUCAGGUGGCCGAUCUUCGACAUACCCACCUCAUCAAUGCUAAAGUUGGUGGCAUGCUGGUCGCCGAGUACGUGACGCUUGAGGGUUUCGUCCAUCCUCUCUAUCAAGUCAAAGUGGACUUUGAAAUAAACAACGUUGGCAGUAACGUGUUUUUAAUGUGGCCGGUUAUUUUGACGCACUAUAUAACGGAUGCCAGCCCUUUCUUCUGUCUUAACCGGGAAGAUCUGCUCGUCAAGAAAAUCGAGCUUCUUGUGUGGAUUAACGGAGUGAUCGAGUCAACUGGAGAGAUGUGUCAAGUGAAGACGUCCUACAUUGCUGAAGAGAUUGUUUGGGGAUACAGAUUUGCUCAUGCCAACCAGUUUGAUAAGAAAAACGGUCACUGGAAUGUAGAUUUCAAACGUUUCGGAGAAUUGGUUCCCUGUCCGAUGUCUCGUUCUAGUAAUUUCUCCGAUGGUGAUAUGACGAUGAUUGGUGUAUCCUCAGAGACGAAAGAAGAAGCAGAAGUGGUGCAGACGGUAGCUGAUAUACACUGAGGAUCUCGUUGAUUUGUAAUAACCAAAACUGCCUCAGUGGAACGAACAUCUAUGAUUUGAAGAUUCAGGCAAUUUGAAUGCCUUGGACAAUACCAAGUUUCAAUUUUUAAUGUUUGUAAAAAUGUUAAAUGAUUUUUUUUUGUUUUUAUAUUUAAACACACAGAUUGUGGUUUAAAGAGAUUUAAUAUAUACAUUUAAUGUACAGCUUCAUUAACGUUUUAGAUGAGUGUUGAGUGGACGACAGCAUUUCUGGUGGUUUUCUCCCCUCCAUUCCUUGUAAUAGCCAUCAUUUAGCAGUCGGGAUUUAAGGAAGCCUCUACAUAUUUGGUGCCCUAUAUUACAGUUUAUCAUAUAUAAUACUACAGGGCAGUGAGUUGAUAGAAUUGUUAGAGUAUUAGAAAAAAUAACUUUCUGUAUUUCUUCUGACUUAUCAUCUUCUGACUUCUAAAGUGAAAUCCCAUAGAGGUCAACUUUGACUUUCAUCCCUUUAGGGUCAAUAAGAUUGACCACCAGUCAAGUGCUGGUAUUGAUGAUGUAUUCACUCACUCUCUCCCCUCAUAACUACUGGCCUUGUUCCUAAAUCAGAAACGAUUAUAUCUAUCUACAUGCCUACCUACAUGCAUAUAUGCCAAGGCUACUAGCAUUUCAAAGAGUAGUUUUGCCUUAGUUGUCAUUUCAUUUGGUUCUUUUGAAAGUUAAUAAAUACAUACCAACUAUGUACUGGAGUCAAUAUGAUUUACCAAACUUGGUUCCAUUUUUAACCACUGGCCAACUACUUCAUUCUUACACCAUUUUAAUAAAUUUUGAAAAGAAUUUUCAUUUUGUGCAUAGCCUCAUUUUGUGUAUAACUUUUUUCCCCCCUCUCUUUAUAAUGUUUAAAACAAAUGUAGAUAUUUUUUAUAUUUUGAUAUGCUAGCUGGAUAGUAGGUUGGCAGAACUGUUAGAACACGGGACAAAAUUCCUUUUAUUUAGUUACAGUAAUACAUGUUCUGAGUUCAAAUCCUGCUGAAGUCAACUUUGCCUUUCAUCCUCCUGGAGUUGAUAAAAUGAAGUACUAUUGAAAUACAGGGGUUGCUAAACUUGACUAUAUUGUCCUCAAAAUUUGAGGCCUUACAUCCUUAUCAUUCAAUGUCUGUUUUACCAUGCUGGCAUGGAUUGGAUGAUUUGAUGAGCCAGAGGGCUGCACGGAGCUCCAAUGUGUGCUUUGGCAUGAUUUCUACAACUGGGUGCUCUUCCUAACACCAAGCACUUUACAGAGUAUACUAGGUACCUUUUCUUUUGUAGCACCAGCACUGGUGAGUCACCAAGUACUGACAAGACCCUUCAACUGAGUGGGGUAUAGUAUUGAGGGAUGGGAAAAUAUGAGAAGGAAAGAAGCCGGUGUCUUGUUGAAGUGAAUACAAUAGAUUCCCAAUCAGGAAAAGGGGGAGAGAAAGUGAUCAAAGUAUAAGCAUCUAUGUAAGAAAUCAAUAUUUGGAUGAUGGCAAGAGGCACUAUGUAGUAGAAUUUGAAGAGCAUUACAUAAGCACCUUGGGUUAUUUAGUUGCAUCCCCAUCAUUUUUGAGUUUAAAUUCCACUGAAUUUGACUCAACAUUUUUCUUUCUUGAGGGGACGGGGUUGGUAAACUAAAUGCCAGUAAUGGACUUGAGUAAAUUUGAUCAACUAUGCCAGUUUUCAAAAUGUGUUGACUUGUGCUUAUGUCAUAAAUAUAUAUUCUGAUUAUUUUGAAUCCCAGAUCAGUCAUUCCAACUGCGGCCAUCCUGCUUUUUUUAUCUUAUGUGCAGGACCUCUUUACCAACAGUAGGGUGUGAUUCAAGGGAAGUUUGACUGCUAUUUCUAACAGGAUGAAAGUCCAAAUAGAGGUUUGCUCUUGUUGGUUAGAUAAUUUAGUGACAGAUGAGUGAUGGAAAAUGGUGGUUACGUCAAAUACUGAUCUCAAAUCCAGCCAAAGUUGGCAUUCAAAAGUUGGGAUAAAGAGAUUCAAUCAACUAUAUUUGCUUCCUCUACUGUCUCUGAAAAUGUUUGGUUUUGUCUCAGAUAUGAAAUAGUUUGGUAAUUAUUUUAUUUGAUUUUUUUUUUUGUGGGGGGGGGGGUCCUCCUCCUCAUCACCAUUUAACAUCUACUUUUCUAUGUUUACAUUGGUCAGAUGGAAUUUGCUUCAAAAAAUUUAUCAUUUUAACGACUGCUUUCCAUGCUGCGAAGGAUUUAUCAAGUUGUCACAGCCUGAGCCAGUUUUUAUCAGUGAUGUAGCUAAUAGGGGGAGCAAGGGGAGUGAUCACUCUCUACAAGCAUAUUUUUCAAAAUUGGUGCCUUUUCAACAAUUUUUUAAAACUCUUUAGUUACCUAUAUCAGUAGCUAUAAUUUGCAUACAUAAUGACAUCAUUGCUAAGACAAGAUAUUAAUGAAUGUAGAAUACAAUUAUGUAUAUUAUAAUUAAUGAAAUUUUUGCAUAAUAUAAGAGAAAUGAGUUAAAAAUUGUUUGGUAUGUGUCACAGUGCAUUUUUCUUGAGCCUGGCUACACCUCUAGUGCCUGAUCGUUGCCAGUGCCAAUGGACUGGCUCCUGUGCAGGAAGCACGUAAAAUACACCAUUUCGAGCGUGGCCGUUGCCAGUACCGCCUGACUGGUCUUCGUGCUGGUGGCAUGUAAAAGCACCCACUACACUCUCGGAGUGGUUGGUGUUAGGAAGGGCAUUCAGGUGUAGAAACUCUGCUAAAUCAGAUUGGAGCCAGGUGUAGCCAUCUAGUUCACCAGUCCUCAGUCAAAUCGUUCAACCCAUGCUAGUAUGGAAAGCAGACGUUAAACGACGAUUAAGUAUCCUUCUAGAUAUAGCCCCCAUCAAUUAUGCCUUGCUCAUACAUUGACAAUAUGAAUCCUUAAUAUUUCAGUUGAUAAUUUGACUCCCUAUCAGCAAGAUCUGAUUAUUUAUAAGAAUGAAUGAAAGAAAAUGUAGAAAAAUCAAAAAUUUAUUUAAAUUAAUUUAAAACACUCACUCUCUCUCACACACACUCACACACACUCACACACACUCACACACAGUAAGAUGGGAAAAUGUUCUUUCUCUGAAUUUCCUCUUCUCAAUAUCUCAGUGAUGUGUCUUUUCUCUCAGUUCUUCUUCUCCAUGUGCAAAGUUACACUCUUCUCUGCUGACAGGGCAACCAUCUGGAUGGUUUUGAUGAAACCAGCAGAGUGAAGUCUUGUAAGAUCUGGCAGUGUUUUUCUGCUUCACUUUCCUCCUCUGUUGCCAUGGUUGUGUGUAAUCCCUCAGCCGUACUGUACUAGAAAC